UCCAACGUUUUCCCUCCCUAACUUAACAUCAUCCGUUUGCAAAGCCUGCUUAUAAUUCUGUUUGCUGCACUUCGAUCACCAUGAAGAAUAUUGCACAAAUCUGUGCAGGAGUCUUGCCAUGGCUGCUCUUCCUGUUCACUACAAAAGGGUUUUGUCACCAGAGGGUUCAUUGUCAGUGGGGGCCUUAUGGUAGCUGGUCAGAGUGUGAUGCCUGCACCAAACUACAGACUAGAAGUCGAGCCAUGGAUGUCUAUGCUCAGUUUGGUGGGAAUCCCUGCAGCGGGGGGCGGACUGAGACCAGGUCCUGUGAAACCACACAAGGUUGCCCUUUAGAGGACGGGUGUGGAAACAGGUUUCGCUGUCGAUCAGGGAAGUGUGUUAGCCAGUCUCUGGUGUGUAACGGGGAUCACGACUGUGAGGAAGAUGGACAUGAUGAACAUGUUUGUGAAAAUAGAAACUCCAUUAUAUGUACAGUAACAGCUCCCCCGCCUAACAUUAAACUCAUAGGACUUGGGUUUGAUGUGGUGUCAGGAAAGAGGAGAGCCAGUGUCAUCAAUACAAAGAGCUUUGGGGGCCAGUGUCGCCGCACCUUUAGUGAUAACCAUGACACUUUCUAUCGACUGCCCCUCAGUACUCUCCAGUACACCUUUUUGGUUAAAGCUCAGAAUGACUUCAGUGAUGAGAUGUUCACCAGUAAGUGGCACUAUGCCAAGGACAUUGUCAACAGGCAGACUGUGUCCGGGACCACAACAGGAUAUCGCAACUAUGACUUCCAUGAGACAAAUGACAGGACUCAGACCCACAAGAUUUUGGUUUUGAAGAAUGACAUACAGGUAGCUCAGUUCCAGAGCAACUCUCCUCAGUACCUCCCAAUAUCUGAGGAGCUGUGGAAGGCAUUGGCCAAGCUCCCAUCUGUGUAUGACUACGCCGCCUACAGGAAGGUCUUGGAAAGGUUUGGAACUCACUACCUGUCUGAGGGAAGCCUUGGAGGUUCGUUUAAAGUCGUUGCUACAUUUGAUGAAGAAACUGAAAAACGGAUGGUCAGUGAAAGCCAACGAUAUAAUGAGUGUGAGAAGACUCAACGCUGGAUUCUUAUAUUCCCCAUUACAAGAGUGGACUGUAGAAGUGGUCAACAUCAUUCCUCAUCAUCCUCAGGUAGUAGCAGGAACAAUGCUGUGAAACGAGUGGAUGUGGAAGGAGGCAGCAGCUCACACAUUGCAGCACUGAAAACCAUGCAGCUCAAUGAGCCACAAAAGAACUGGGAGAUGUACUCAAACUGGACUGAGUCUGUUAGAUCAUGUCCAGAAGUCACAAAACAGAAGCUGCGGCCGCUGUCAGAGCUGGUGAAGGAGGUUCAGUGUGCCGGAGUGAAGAGGCUCUACCUUCGCAGGGCCAUAGAGCAGUACCUCGCAGAGAGCGAUGCGUGUCACUGCCAGCCCUGCAAAAACAACGGCAUGGCUAUCAUGGAUGGAGAUCAGUGCAAAUGUAUCUGCAAGCCUGGCACGUCAGGACUGGCCUGUGAGCAGGGAACUGAGGCGGAAGGUCAACCGGGAGUGAUCCACGGUGGCUGGUCCUGUUGGUCUGCCUGGUCAUUGUGCUCUGGAGGUCGGAGGUCACGAAGUCGCUCCUGCUCGAAACCGUCCCCUCUGAACGGUGGACAGCACUGCACUGGAGAACCAACCGAGACGUCCGACUGUGAAGAUCAAGAGCUGCAAUACUUAAAAACCAUGGAGCCUCAGUGCUUUGAUCAAACUCUCCCGGCAAGUCAGAAGUGCGGAGCCCCUCCAGCUCUAAUCAAUGGCUACAUCCUGGACCCUAAAGACAUUUACCUUGUGGGGAGUAAAGUUCAGUACUCCUGCACUGAUGGUUUCUAUCUUGCUGGUGCGAACACCCUGGAAUGUGCUGCUGAUCAAACCUGGUCUGAUGGCCCUGGGCUGUGCACAAUUUCAGCUUGCAAGAUUGAUUCCCUCGCGGAUGAUGUCAUAGCCAGUUUUUCAAAAAAGGUCAUUGGCAUCGGGGAUUCAGUUACCUUGUCCUGUCCAGAAGGUAGACAGCUACUAGGAGAAUCAACAAUUAUUUGUAACCCCAGUCUGCAAUUUUCACCAGACCCAGCAAACAUCAGGUGCAGCGAAGUCAUGACGACAGCUUUGCCACACAUUGCUCCCCUAGUGCAAUGCAAACAGUGGGAGAAGCUUGUCAGAGGAAAAUGUGUUUGCAAAAUGCCUUUUGAGUGCAGUUCAUCUUUGGCGUUGUGUGCCACAGCUGCAACCAGAAGAAAUUCAGUCCUUCUGAAUGUUUGCAAAAUGCACGUGCUGCAGUGUCUGGGGAAGAACCACGCGAUAGCAGAAGACAGCACCUGCAUGUGGCCACAGAGAAACACAACAGGCUGCACUGGCUGUCACAUGUGGGAGAUCUGUGAUGAUCAAACCAAUGACUGUCGCUGUAAGGCCUCUGCAGAUUGCUCGACCUCCGGAUUAAAUGUGUGUGUCCGUGUUGGAGAAGAUGUGACUGCAGCCCCACAAACCAUGAGCGAAUGUGAAGCAGGACAUAGAAGAUGUAAAGGAGAGAAAGUGUCAGUUGUCAGUAUCCUGCCCUGCACCUCCUGAGGAUUCGGGCAUCAUGCUGACUGACCUCUCAUCGUCUGCUACUUUAUGCAUUAAUCCUUUUCUAAAUACAUGCCUUUUUUUCCCCUGUAAAACCAAUAUUGUUUUAAAUUCCACUCCUUAACACAUUAAAGGUAUAUUUUUAUGCAUGCAUUAAAACAAAACUAAACUGCAUUAAGACAAAUAAUAAAUAGCACAACACUG